ACGACUUCUCACUCACUUCCAUGACCGCCGCAACAGAAGUGUUCCUGGUAGUUGCAUCAGGAGGCUUUCUGUUCAUUAGCUGUCGCAUCUUCUUGCAAAAGAAGUUGUACAAGGACCUUCAACAACUCGCCCCGCAAGACACGUUGCCAGGGUCCGCAGUGACCCCGCAAUCAAGUAGCACACAACCAUGGCAUUCAACACUCGCGCAGACGUGUUUCUCACUUUGCUUUUCUGAAUGCAGUAUCCUAUUCUGCAUGCUCAUGUGCCAGGGUUUGGAUUGGUUGGAACCGAGAAUUCGCCUUCUAAGCUGGCGAAUAGCACUGUUCCUUCUAUUAUUCACGAUGCUUUUACUUGUUCCCAUAUCGUUCAGCCUCAUCCUGACCUACCGGCCUGAUAAUCCAGGUUUUGUACAAUCUCGUGCAUUGCCAAUUCGUGUUGCUUUUGCAUUAGCACCUGUGGCACUUUUCGUAUUUGCCCUUUCAUAUAUUCCACUCCCCGCUGAGCUACUCUUGUACAACCCGCUAACAGCAGUCACUGCACGGCUGGUCACGUUGGGAACCACGGUCCUCGGACUACUAUCUGGACUCGGUGCAGUUAGUGGUGCAUGGGGCAUCAUCAAACGGUCUCGAUCAACACCAUCUGCAUCAUCGAUUGUCUCCGCUGAAAACGCGCUUGAAAGAGUAAAGAACGAUCUGCGGGAUCGUUCUCGUGACUUGGAUGACUAUGCAAGCUCAAAGCCGCAACCAGAUGGAUCGUGGCUGUCACGCAUGUCGUUCAAACGGAAUGGACAACAAAGCUCGAUGCAACAGGAAGUUAUUGGUCUUCAAGCUCUUGAAGAGCAGAUGAGCCUUCGCGUUGUUGCUCUCAAACGCAACCGAAUUGCAGCAGAGUAUGCAGAGUCGUUCACGGGCAAGACCAUUACGUGGUCAUGGGCAGUUUAUUGCGUCUGCCGAGUAUGUAGUUCAGCCUUCAAUAUUCUCUCUCCGACUGUGUCAAACUCGAGUCCCUCUUCCGCAUCAUAUGGAGAUAUAGUUGCGCACGUACUUGCAUGGUUAUUCUCUUUUCUUCCCAUAUCCGCGACAGGAGAUGAAGGAAAAUCACAAUUUGAUAUUCCAUCUCUAUCAAAACAAAUAAGUCUUUCCCUUGUGGGCGUCAUCAUUUUAUGUUCUCUCCGCUUGGUGCUACGUGGUGUUACGAGAGUAUUCCAUGUCACAUCACGUAAAACAUCAGCAUCACUGAUGUUAUUGACCCUCGCGCAGCUCAUGGGCAUAUAUCUCUUGUCGACUCUUGUCCAGCUUCGCACAACCUUUCCGCCCACAUUAUCCCCAGUGAUAGGCGACUCUCAAGAUCCCCAGGGUCCGUCUGAUGAUAGCAUGAACUUGUUUGCGACGCUGCCAGAGUACUCGCUAUUCGGUGGCUUGUUUGAUUGGUCAUUCCUGAUUGGUGCAGCAGGAUGUGCAUUCGCUCGCUGGGUGAGAAGUUCAUUUGAAGGAGACGACUUGGAUGUGUAGUCCUCGAACAUUCAUUGUACAUGUACUUGCACACUCGCAAUUGGCCUAUUAUUUGGCCUUGUUGAAUUCCCAAGGCUGAUCGAUCGACUCG